AACGGGCCUGCACCAGCAACACCACGAUUGGCGUAUAGGAGCGAGCAACUGGCGGAGGGAGGGAGGGACCAGCGAGGAAGGCCCGGCGGGCAGAGCCUCUGCCCCACUCGUCGCGGUCGGUUCGGACCGCAGGCGACAUAAAACUGGGAGCGACGCAGAUCCUUCGAUCCAUGGACGCCUGCGUGAUGAACACGCUUGGAGUGUGGGGAGUUUGACACGAAGAAUCUCGCUGCCUCGGAGCAGAUAACCCCGAGCAAUGCUCGUGUCGUCGUAGGGCGAUGGCAUGUUCUUACGGUCUAUGAAAUAAUUGAGGUUUUUUUGACACUCGUUUCGUGAUUUUGGCCCGUGGGCGUGGCGUGAUUGGGAGGUGCAGAGAGAGGUUGAGAAGUGGGAAGAAAUGGACUCUUCGCUGCGGUCGAUCGUCGGCCUGAGCUUGAUCUGCUUGGUCGCCAUCGUUGCCGCGGACAGGCCUUUGAUUCGCCAAGUUACCAACAGAUACAGAAAAUUCAAUGAUCACUUGAUUCAGGAGCUUCCUGGCGCUCCUCCGGUGCCUUUUGCUAUGCACUCCGGCUACGUGACUGUGGAUGAAGCCGCCGGACGCGCUCUUUUCUACUGGUUCGUUGAGGCUGAAGUUGCCGAUCCCACCACCGCUCCUGUAACCCUCUGGUUGAAUGGAGGUCCCGGCUGUUCUUCGGUGGGUGGUGGAGCUCUCAGCGAGCUUGGUCCAUUCUAUCCGGAUAAGGAGGGUAAAGCUCUAUUGACGAAUCCAUACAGCUGGAACAAAGUUUCCAACGUAAUUUUCCUGGAGUCACCUGCUGGUGUUGGAUUUUCUUACACAAACACAUCCGCAGAUCUGAUCACUGGCGAUGAAAGAACAGCGUUAGACUCUUAUGAGUUUCUUGUAAAAUUCUUCAAGAUGUAUGAGGAGUUUGCAAAGGCUCCCUUCUACAUUGCGGGGGAAAGCUAUGCAGGUCACUAUGUCCCCCAACUUGCUGCCACUAUCCUCAAAUUGGACACAGAUUCGGCAAUCAACUUCCAGGGAAUAGCAGUUGGAAAUGCGUGGACUGAUGCAUCUCACGACAAUUUCGGAGCUAUUUUCUACUGGUGGACGCAUGCCCUGAUCUCAGACACAUCGUUCUAUGGGAUGGUGAAAACUUGCAAUCUUUCCUCAUCUGGACCACUCAGAGAAUACCAGCAAGGUCGUUUGAAAUCCUCACGAGCAGAACUGCAGUGCGAUGAUUAUAUUGAUCUUUCAACAAAAGAGAUGGGUGACAUCAACAUUUACGAAAUAUAUGUGGAUGUAUGUGUUGGGGCAUCAGCUCAAGCAGAGACCAAGCACUUUGCAAAGCAGCUCAAUCGUUUGCGACGUGGAGCACUGGGUGCUCUCCCGCUGAAGACAUCAGCCAACUACGAUCCCUGUAUCGACAAUGAGGUGGAGGUAUAUCUCAACAGACCAGAGGUACAGGAAGCACUUCAUGCUAACGUAACCGGAUUAAAAUAUCGAUGGACAGACUGCAGUGACAUUGUUGACUACUCGUAUGAAGAUUUGCUCAGUAGUGUCAUUCCUGUUUACACCGAUAUUCUUCUCAAGUCAAAAUUGAGAAUUUUGAUAUUCAGUGGUGACACGGACGCAAUCGUUCCCGUAACUGGAUCGCGAUCCUGGAUCAGAACUCUCGAUCUGAAGAUUGUUGAAGACUGGAGGCCAUAUUAUCUCAACCAACAAGUUGCUGGAUAUGUUACAAAGUUCGAUAACAUGACUUUUGCCACCGUCAGAGGAGCUGGACACAUGGUGCCUUACACACAACCAGAAAGAGGCUUGUACCUGUUUGGAAACUUCAUCAGUGAUUCUGCUCUCUAGCUCUCCCCAUCAUGUAUUGCAUACAUAGUCACACCUUUGCGUUAAGGAUAGAGGACCCGUCGAUUAUUUUUUUGACGAUAAUAUCAAUUUGAACUUCUUGUCAUAAAUUUCUUGUGAUGGCUUAUCUCACGAAUAGGAUCGACUAUUCUUAGAAAAUCAAGUGUUAUUUUGUUCAGAAAUGUGUUUGGAGCUUUUUCUCUUUUCCUACUGUACUGGAGUC